CACUGCCCCCCGGGUGCUGCGAGAGAGGCGCACACACCCACCCACCUAUUCGCCUCCCUCCCCUCCAUCCCGCAGCAGCAGCAGGGCAAAGCUCCGCGCUCCGCAGUCCUGAGCCCGCGAUCCGGGGCUGUGAGCCGCCCGCCAGCCGGCCCCCUCCUCGGUGCUCAGCCGGGCGCCUCCCUAGCAGCCCGGGCUCCUCUCCCGCUGGAGCUGUCAGCGCUGCCCGAGGCUCUCUGUCCGGCUGGAUCCCUGCCUGCCUUUCCGCCUUUCCUCCCUCUUCGUCCCCGGAGCCUGCCUGACAGCAGCAGCAGCGCCCCGCUUCGCUCGUCCACUGCGUGAGCCUCGCGGGACGGGAAGCGAACCUAGCCCCGGUUUCCUAGCUUCCCCAACCAGCCGGUCUGUCUCCAUCGCCCCUUGAUACAUUUCACACCGGUGGGAGCCUCCCGAUUGGUCCCGGGAAGAUCAUCCGCUCUCUCCUCCCCCGGACCGGCUGCGGGACUCUUAAGGGUAUGUGCCGGCCAGGCAGCCUCGCUCCUUUGCCUUGAGGAUCAUCAGCUUCGGGGACCCGCAAGACGUGCACCGCGCAGCGAAGUAGGAAAGACGCACAGGGCAAGGAGGCGAAAGUCUCCUGGAAUCCUGCAAGUCAGAAUAAACAAAAGGCAGCGGGGAGGAAACACCCAUCCACCACCCAACUCCGGAGCCUCGGGCAACUCUUUCUGCCCCGGUAACCGACCAAGUGCUAACGUCGCGUAAAGUCGCCCAGGAUGAAUCUCUUCUCUUCCAUAUUUAGCUAUUUGCUUCUGCACUUGUUUGCUUUCUGCUUGCAGGCACAGGUAACUGUUCAGUCCCCACCUAAUUUUACACAGCAUGUGAGGGAGCAGAGCCUGGUGACGGACCAACUAAGCCGGCGACUCGUCAGGACCUAUCAGCUGUACAGUCGGACCAGUGGGAAGCACGUGCAAAUCCUGGACAACAAGAAAAUCAAUGCCAUGGCAGAGGAUGGAGACGCUCACGCUAAGCUUAUUGUGGAGACUGAUACAUUUGGGAGCCGAGUGAGGAUCAAGGGGGCUGAGACUGGCUUCUAUAUCUGCAUGAACAAGAAAGGAAAGCUGAUUGGCAAGAGCAAUGGCAAAGGCAAGGACUGUGUCUUCACUGAGAUUGUGCUAGAGAACAACUAUACAGCUUUGCAGAAUGCCAAGUAUGAAGGAUGGUAUAUGGCCUUCACCCGAAAGGGACGCCCCCGCAAAGGCUCCAAGACUCGCCAGCAUCAGCGUGAGGUGCACUUCAUGAAGAGGCUGCCCAAGGGCCACCAGACAACAGAGCCUCAUAGACGCUUUGAAUUUCUCAAUUACCCUUUCAACCGGAGGAGUAAAAGGACUCGGAAUUCCAGCCCCAAGCCAACCCCCUGACCAGCUCCUCCCCAUGCAGCUCAGGCUUUUCCUUUUGUUGGAGGACAUUGUAUAGAGACUUCAUUGAUGGACAAUGACUAGGGACUUACCUGUGACAAUAACUAAAAAGGGGGUGAAAGAAGAAAAAAAAACUUGAUCUAGUUGUUUAUAAUUGUUUUUUGUGUUUUUAAACAAAAGAGGCUCUAUUUUUGUACUCCAACUUUAUUGCUUUUUUAAGAAAAAGCGAUGAAAUGUUCAAAGACGUGUGAAGAGGUGCUCUUCAUUUAGAAACAUUUUGAGUCCAUGGGUGGGGGUGGGGAGCGUUAUGUUUGAAUAGGUUGUUUUUAAUGUGGGGUGGGCGUGAGUAGGAGAUAGUUGAUCUAGGGUUAAACAUAGAAUCUGUCCUCUUCAAUCAAACAAAUUUGGGACCAAAAUGCUACCUCAAAUAAUUGCAUAGGAUUCAACCCACCACGUGCUUCUGUGCCAGUUCCAUUUAUUUCUGUGCAGUCUGCGCAGGAGAUGUUCACAGUGUCUGCAGAGUUGCAUUUGAGCAAGUCACUGUGAAAAAAUGAGACUUGCGGACACUAAUUUGGUAGGGCCUUCAGGCGCUGGUGUGUUCAAUUUUUUGAAUAAGAGAGGGAAGAAUGGGAAGGUAAUUGAGAAGAAAUUCUGACUGCCACCACUGCGGUGGUACUCAGGCGAGAGCCACGAUGUUGCUUUGUUCUAGCAAAGGUAACCAUAUCUCUCUCCAGUGGUCUGCAUUUUUAAUUGUUGUAGUUUGGUGGGGAUUUUUUUGUAUUUGUUAUGACAAUAAAGUGUCACUGAGUUAAAACUUAUAUUUCCCCAUUACCCCUCAGUUUCUGAGGUACUUCUUGUCCCAAGCAUCCCACGAGGAUGGGAAGAGUGCUUCCAUGCAUACUAGGCAUGGAUAAUCUGAGGCAUGCUUUUGGUCCCUAAGAAGUCAAAAACAGAAGAAAGGAAGUUAUGCUUCCUGUAGGUUAGGUGUCAGCAGCUGGAGGCCUCUGGGUCGAAUUUGGCUUGUGAAGGAUGCUGCUUGGCAAUCCAUAGAUCAGUUGAGGCUUAACCUUGCUUGCAGUCCAUCCCUCCUCAAACAAAGUGACCCUAGAGGCAAGCUAGUUGCUGAGCAGAGCAUAACAGUGAUUGGUGACCAUCUCUCUCUCUUUUUUUACCAGGCUAGCAAAUGACAGUUGUCUUUCCCUGUUCUUGUGGCAGAGUAUAGGAUUCUGAAGUUGGUCUUUAAUCCAACUGAAAAUAUUGCUUGCCUGCAUCUCAGUCAGGAUAUGUUGCACCCUGGGUGAAGAUUGCCUUUGGCGUCUGACCCCGGUUAACUCAAACAGCAAGCCACCAAAUCUACCAGUCAGAUAGGUGCCUUCGGCGGUGGCUGCUUGGCUCACCACCCCUAAGGCCAGCCUUGAUCCCAGUUUAUUUCUCUGAAGGAUGUGAGAUUGGAUCCAGGGAGAUAAAUCUAGAGUGGGAUGGCUGGCACUUCUGUCAAAACAGGAAUUUCAGAAAGUUCAAAUAAUCCUUUUAAAGCAGAAGGAAGGGAGGGGUUUCUGUGUCGGUCAUAUGACUUGAAAGGAGUCUUUGCAAAGGAUUAUUAAAAUAACAGGAAUAUUUUUUUAAAACCUCAAUGUAUGAAAGCUGUGAAUUGGCUUUCUUUCACAGCCCAUAUUUUCCUGAUGGUUUGUCUCCUAUCAUCUUGCGGGUUUCCUUUGUUAUGAUGUACAGAUUUAAAUAUGAAAUGGUUUGAAAUAUUUAUUUAAUAUGUGCAUUAAAAUUUGUACUAGUAUAAAUGA